GGCACAGCACGGCACAGCCCGGCGGGGCCCCUCGGCAGCGAGCCCCCGGCCCGGCCCGCCCGAAGGAAGGCAUCUCCCCGGCUGCGACCGGCCGCUCGGUCCCGCUCUGCUGCUCCCUGGCGCGCUCUCUUUCUCCCUCCUUCCCUUCCCUUCCCUUUCCUCCUCCUCUCUGCGCUUUCCACCUCCCCUGCUCCUGAGUGAGCGCAGCCUCGGAUGUCCGGUUUCCUGGUGGGUUUUUUACCUGGCAAACUCUGGAUAACUUUGAUGAGAAUUUGCAAAGCGGCUGGGAAAGUUGGGAACUCCCCUGCAGGCGCAUAGGAGCUGCUGCUACCGCAUCUUCUCCAUCCCACGGAUUUUACUGCCUUGGAUAUUGCGAGGGGAGGGAGGGGGGAGAGGAAAAGAAGGAGCCUCCUAAUUUCGGCUGCAUUCCUGCGACUGCCCCGCUCCGCGCCCGCGCUGCCGUCGCUGCGCCAUGCACUUGCUGGAGGUGCUGUCCCUGAGCUGCUGCCUGGCCGCGGGCGCCGUGCUCCUGGGACCCCGAGAGCCGGCCGCCGCCGCCGCCUACGAGUCCGGCCAGGGCUACUACGAGGAGGAGCCCGACGCGGGGGAGGCAAAGGCUCAUGGAAGCAAAGACCUGGAAGAGCAAUUGCGGUCUGUAUCCAGUGUGGAUGAACUCAUGACAGUGCUUUACCCGGAAUACUGGAAAAUAUUCAAAUGUCAGUUGAGGAGAGGAGGUUGGCAACACAACAGGGAGCACACCAGCUUUGACACAAGAUCAGAUGAUUCCCUGAAAUUUGCUGCAGCGCACUAUAAUGCAGAGAUCCUGAAAAGUAUCGAUACUGAAUGGAGAAAAACUCAGUGCACGCCACGUGAAGUGUGUGUGGAUGUGGGAAAAGAGUUUGGAGCAACUACAAACACCUUCUUUAAACCCCCAUGUGUGUCAAUCUACAGAUGUGGAGGUUGCUGCAAUAGUGAAGGACUUCAGUGUAUGAAUAUCAGCACAAAUUACAUCAGCAAGACACUGUUUGAGAUCACGGUGCCGCUGUCCCACGGCCCCAAGCCCGUCACCGUCAGCUUCGCCAACCACACGUCCUGCCGCUGCAUGUCCAAGCUGGACGUGUACCGACAGGUCCACUCCAUCAUACGGCGUUCCUUGCCAGCAGCACAAACUCAGUGUCACGUGGCAAACAAGACCUGUCCGAAAAAUCAUAUUUGGAAUAAUCAAAUUUGCAGAUGUUUGUCACAGCAUGAUUUUGGUUUCUCUUCUUACCUUGGAGAAUCUGACACGUCUGAAGGAUUCCAUAUCUGUGGACCGAACAAGGAGCUGGAUGAAGAAACCUGUCAGUGUGUCUGCAAAGGAGGCGUGCGGCCCUCGAGCUGUGGACCUCACAAAGAGUUAGACAGAUCAUCGUGUCAGUGCACAUGCAGAAACAAACUGAUCCCUGCAUCCUGCGGGCCCAACAAGGAAUUUGAUGAAGAGAGGUGCCAGUGUGUAUGUAAAAAGACCUGUCCUAGACAUCAGCCGCUAAAUCCUGCAAAAUGUGUCUGUGAAUGUAUAGAAUCUCCCAAUAAAUGCUUCUUGAAAGGAAAAAGGUUCCAUCACCAGACAUGCAGUUGUUACAGACCUCCGUGUACAGUGCGGACGAGACGCUGCGACGCUGGCUUUUACUUCAGUGAAGAAGUGUGCCGCUGUGUACCUACAUAUUGGAAAAGACCACUUAUGAAUUAGCCAGGAGAGCACUACUUGCUACGCUGGUGUACACUUUUCCAUUAGAACAAAAGAGCAACAGAAACUUUGCUAAUAUUUGGAAUUAAAUGUUCACCAGAGACCCUGUGGGGCUUUCAGAGACAGACUUGUGCUUUUCUCAAGACGUGGAAAGCAAAUGUAGAAAACAACUGGGGUUCGCGUUUUGUAAAGAACUCAUUAAGGACUUGUUUUCUGUCAAUGACCAAAUGCCUAGGUUCUCCUUCUUGUGAUUUUUUUUAAGAGAUAAUGACUAUAUAAUUUAUUUCCACUAAAACCAUUGUGCAGCAUUUCUGUUUAUAGCAGUAACAAUUGUUAAAGCUCACUGUGAUCAAUAUUUUUAUAUCAUGCAAAGUAUGUUUAAAAUAAAAUGGAAAUCGUAUUAUAUAAUGGUGAGAAUGUUUAAUCAUCUGCCUAAAAAGGGAACUCAGAUUCAGCUCUAUUUUCUGGAUUCUUAACAGGGAAAGAAGCAGUAAGGAGAAAGCACUGUUAUGAAAGAAGGCUGCAGACAUUUUCUUGUACCUGUUGUGUUUGCCAUGU